CAUUAAAAAAAUAACACAAAAUCAACGAAUAGCUGGAUCUUAUCCAGGAUGGAAAGAUGAGAGGCAGGCUAAAUUGCUAAAAUACAUGUGGGAUCAUAUUCUCAUUUCUCAGUGUAAAAGCUGAAUUCCAGUAAAGGGAUUUAUAGUUCAUGUAGUUUCAAUUCAACGGCUUUGUUUAAAGUUGAUAAAACCCAUCAAAUUAAACCUUGCAGUUUCUUUGAUUUGGAGAUUUCUAUGGUUUUUCUCUGAUCUUUUUUUAGCUUAAAGAUGGCUAUGGCAGCUUAUGUGAAACUGAUUCUAGGUUCAGUUGCCUUUUCAAUCUUCUGGGUAUUAGCAGUUUUCCCCACUGUUCCAUUAUUACCUAUUGGAAGAGCUGCCGGGUCUUUAUUAGGAGGUAUUUUAAUGGUCAUUUUUCAAAUCUUAACCGUCGAUCAAGCAUAUCAAGCCAUUGAUCUUUCAAUCCUUGUUCUUCUCUUUGGAACAAUGGUGGUAAGUGGAUACCUCGAAAGAGCCGAUGCGUUUAAGUAUUUGGGUAAGUUAUUAACAUGGAAAAGCAAAGGUGCAAAGGAUUUGAUUUGUAGGAUCUGUUUAAUUUCAGCUAUUUCAAGUGCUUUGUUCACUAAUGAUACAUCUUGUAUGGUAUUAACUGAGUUUGUAUUGAAAAUUGCAAGGCAAAAUAAUCUCCCACCACAGCCAUUUUUGCUUGCACUUGCUUCAAGUGCUAAUAUUGGAUCCACUGCAACACCUAUUGGUAACCCUCAAAAUUUAGUGAUAGCUACUCAAAGUGGGGUUUCUUUUGGUGAAUUCUUAAUUGGGAUUCUCCCUGCUACUGUGUUGGGACUUGUAUGUAAUGCUUUGUUGCUCAUUUUCAUGUAUGGUGACUUGUUAUCUGUUAAGAAAGGUCAACAAGAUUCAACUGUAGCAUUUAAUGGUGAUGGUGUUGAUCACCAAUUUUCACCAGCUACAAUGUCACAUGUGGAAACCACAAAUGUGGACUCAGUUCAUCAUCAUGAAAGUCUUAGAAACCGAGUUAACUCGAAGCAAGCAAUGGGCGCGGCCGAGGUUCCUUGGUCUUUAAAUGGUGCUUAUUGGGACCAUAGGAACCAAAAACUAUGGAAAUCAUGUGUUUAUAUUGUUGUUGUUGGAAUGUUGGUGUCUUUGCUUAUGGGCUUUAAUAUGUCAGGGACUGCCAUUACUGCAGCCCUUGCUUUAAUGAUUCUUGAUUUCAAAGAUGCUGUCCCAUGCUUGGAGAAGGUAUCCUACUCUCUUCUAAUAUUCUUCUGUGGGAUGUUUGUGACAGUCCAAGGGUUUAAUAAAACUGGAAUCCCUAGUGCUUUAUGGGAAUUAAUGGAACCUUAUGCAAAGAUUGAUGAAAUCAGUGGAAUAGCAGUUCUUGCACUUGUUAUUCUUGUACUGUCAAAUUUGGUCUCAAAUGUGCCUACUGUUCUGUUGCUUGGGGCAAGAAUGGCGGCAUCUGCAGCAUUGAUAUCAACAGCCUACGAGAAGAAAGCAUGGCUGAUUUUGGCUUGGGUGAGCACAGUGGCUGGGAACCUGUCGUUGUUGGGAUCGGCAGCCAACUUGAUAGUGUGUGAACAAGCUAGCCGUGUUCCGGAUCUGGGUUACACUCUAACCUUUUGGAACCAUCUCAAAUUUGGAGUCCCCUCCACCCUUUUAGUCACUGCCAUUGGCUUGUUGCUCUUAAAAUCAUAGUACACAGCAUUUAAAAUUUGAUCAUUGAAUUUGUUAAAUAUCACCUUACUAGGAGUGUUGUAUGUAUCAAUUGAACUAAGUCCAAGUUUGGAUAUUAAUAUUCUUUAUUUAUAUAUAUUUGUCAUUGAUAUUCAUGUCAAA